AUCAUUGGUGGAAAUGAAGUAGCACCACACUCGAGACCAUUUAUGGCCCUGAUCAAUGACGCAAAUGGAAAAACUCUUUGUGGAGGAGCUUUGAUCAAGGAAAACUGGGUGUUAACAGCUGCCCAUUGUGAAGUGGAAAGAGGCAAAGUUAUUCUUGGAGCUCAUUCUCGGAAAGCAAAAGAAAGAGAAAAACAGUUUUUUCAGAUUGCGAACCAAAUUCGCCACCCUCUCUACCGUCCUGCUCAUAAGGAAAAUGACCUCAUGCUGCUGCAGCUUCACAAAAGAGCAAGACUUACUAAAGCUGUGCAGCUCAUUCCACUGCCUAACUCAGGUGAUGAUCCCCAACCAGGAACAACUUGCACAGUAGCAGGAUGGGGAAAAACUCACAAUAAUCAGAAUGUGCCUUCUGAUACCCUGAGGGAGGUCAAUAUCACUGUCUUCAGUAGGCAAACCUGCAAUGACAAAAAACAUUAUAGAAAAAAACCUGUUAUAACAGACAACAUGAUAUGUGCAGGGUCUAAGAAUGGAGGAAAGGACUCAUGUUUUGGGGAUUCUGGUGGACCUUUAAGAUGCAAUAAUGUGAUGAGAGGCAUCACUUCUUUUGGGAAGCCAAAGAAGUGUGGUACUGUCGAUGGCCCUGGUAUCUACACUCGACUCACAAAGCAAUAUCUUCGGUGGAUAAGGAAAACCAUAGGGGGAGCCUAAUAUAUUGGGUUUUGACCAAGUGGUUUCCUACUUUGUACUUGUGCUAACAAUAUCUAGUUUUGAAAUACACUUUUAAAAAUAGCUUCAUUAUUCUGUAGAAGAGGUAUUCCCAUGCUGAAUUUUAGUAGCUUGAUGUCCUAAUAGAUGAAAAUACACACGUCUGUUUUCAGGGCAGAUGUGAUCUUGACUGGGCCAUAACACAAUGCUCUGCUAUAACAGCAUUUGUAGCUUAUACUGUCAGCCAUGGAGUCAUUCGACAAGUAUUUGUGACUCAGACUUCCAACAUUCUUGCAUUGCUCAUUCAUACUGAGCUUUAUGUGGAUGAGUAUUUCUGAGCAAGAAUCUCAGCUGUUUGUGUCCUCACUGCAUGCUGAGUAUAAACCCCAUUCUUCUGUAUCUGGGCUUCUGCAAAUAACCCUGAAAGUUAAUGAGAUGCUAGGUACAACUCCAGACACCUGAAAAACUUGGUAGUUUCUCUGCAGCAGAGUUCCUGAUUUCACAGGUGUAGGGGACUGCUAAGCUUCAGAAAAUUUUCAGAAACUUCAUUUGAGUGUGGGACAUAAUAAAUGUGUUUCCUAACUGUCUAGUAUUUCAAACCUAUAGCUUUC